AUGUCUCGACCAUCCGAUGGCGACGAGUCAAGGGGCAAGAACCACAAUGCUGUUGUCUACCCCUCGGGGCUGAAGCUUGCACUGUUGAUGAUCUCCAUUUUUGUCGCCAUGUUCCUCGUGUCUCUGGACCGCCUCAUCAUUUCGACUACCAUCCCCCAAAUCACUGACAAGUUUAACUCGGCGGGCGAUAUUGGUUGGUACGGCACAGCGUACCUACUCACGAACUGCGCCUUCCAGCUAGCAUUCGGCAAGAUAUACGCCCUCUUUAGUGUGAAACGUACCUUGCUCUCUUCCAUCAUCCUAUUUGAAGCUGGAUCUGCCCUCUGUGGCACGGCCCCGAGCUCCAUUGCUUUCAUCCUCGGCAGAAGCAUCGCAGGUCUAGGGGCAGGAGGUAUCCUUGCUGGUGUUAUGGUCGUCAUGAUUUAUGCAGUUCCGCUGCACAAGCGCCCCAAGUACCAGGGGUUAUUUGGUGCCGUGUUCGGCCUCUCAUCUGUGACAGCCCCUCUGAUCGGCGGAGCCUUCACUACGCACGUCUCAUGGAGAUGGUGUUUUUAUAUUAAUCUUCCACUGGGAGGAGUGGUAAUCGUGCUUGUGUUCUUAUUGCUUCAUGUCCCUCACCGUCCAGACUCAGACAUUCCUAUAGCGGAGAAGCUACUGAAGCUUAACAUCCUGGGUCUACUAGUGCUAGUCCCGGGCGUGAUCUGUCUGUGUUUGGCCUUACAAUGGGGUGGCACAACGUAUCCAUGGAGUGAAGGGCGGAUGGUCGCAUUGUUUGUGCUUGCCUUUAUCCUCUUGAUUAUAUUUGUAAUUAUACAGAUCUGGAAGCCAGAGCAAGCGACAUUGCCGCCGCGCAUCUUUCUCCAGCGCAGUAUUGCCUCUGGGUUCUGGAUCAGUUCUUGCCUUGGUGCGCAUAUGAUGGUGUUCGUGUACUAUCUCCCCAUCUGGUUCCAGGCUAUCGACGGUCUCUCUGCUGUCGACAGUGGCAUUCACCUGCUUCCAAUGGUUAUUUCUCUCGUUGUAUCGUCCAUCGGAACGGGCCAGUUGAUCUCACGCACCGGGUACUACACGCCAUUCACAAUCUUCGGGACAUGUCUUGCUUCUGUGGGCGCCGGGCUGCUCACCACGUUGGAGAUCAACACCCCCACAGGAUAUUGGAUCGGAUUCCAGAUUCUGUACGGCUUUGGUCUCGGGUCGUGCUCACAGACGCCGAGUAUGGCCGCACAGACGCUCUUCGGUGCCGUAUUCACUACUGUGGGUCAGAAUGUGCUGGAUAAUCAGCUGGACGAACGUCUUGGUGGGGCCCAGGGCAUCACACAUGGUCUUGUCCAGAGUACGGGCGCGAAUAAGUUGCUGGAUCUUGUGCCGGGCAAGGACCGUGUUGCGGCACUGGAAGCCUAUAACGGGGCUUUUGGGAUGGAGUGGCGAAGUGUGAAGAAGAAUCUUCCUCCAAAGAGGCCUGAUGGUGAGCGGGUAGCCGAUGAGGUGAAGGGUGAGAACAGUGGAGGAUAA